AAAAACAGUUUGACAUCCAACGGUUGUUAUUCGCUUCGGACAGUUUUUAAUGGACACACAAGAUGAAAUCAUCGGGUGGACGAUUCCUUCAAAGAUUCUUAAACUUCGAUGCAAUGGACGGUCAAGAUCAGAUGAUCCUCUAGUCCCGAGAGAUCUCAGCCACCGGGCAAUCUGAAGUAGUAGUUGCUUUAGAUAACAAGUGAGUUGUUAGGUUGGACUGAGCCGUUUAGUGUUGUUUUUUUUCUUUCAUUUUCUUUGGGUACAAACAAAAGAACACAGUAGUUUGUACAACAAAAAGGCGCUCAAUCAAUGUACUACAUGCACUAUAUUACUAUCCAUGAUGUUUCCGAAACGUUAGUAAGAAAAUUCGCAGCCACUUCGUGGAAACUUCUGAGAUUCUCAUAAAAAAUUUCAUCAUCUUUUUCUUUUUACUUUCCCGCUCCACUCUUUCUACUUUCUCUCUUCAUAUCCUCUUUACGCCUCUUUCUGCACCCAACUUCGUUUGGUUGCUGAGAAUAAAACACAAAAGAUUGUAUUUUUUGAGUUUAUCUAAAUGGACGAUUCAGGUCAAACUUUCAGUAACCAAACGGGGAUGUUUAGAAUGGACGCGUUGAAGAAGCAAAAUAGGUAUGUGGAGAGAUCGACCACUAGUAUGACCAGAGAAAAACGAGGGUUGGAUUCAACUUCAGCUGAAGAAGCACAACCCGAAAGAAAAAGACCAGCUUUAGCCAGCGUAAUUGUUGAAGCUCUUAAGGUGGAUAGUCUGCAAAAGCUUUGCUCGUCAUUGGAGCCUAUUCUUCGCAGAGUUGUUAGUGAAGAAGUGGAGCGUGCUCUAGCUAAGUUAUGCCCUGCCAAACUCAAUGGGAGAAAUCCCAGGUCUUCUCCCAAGCGUAUAGAGGGUCCUGAUGGAAGAAACUUGCAGCUGCGUUUCAAGUCCAAGUUGUCUCUUCCCCUCUUUACAGGUGGAAAAGUAGAAGGGGAGCAGGGUACUGCAAUCCACAUUGUGUUGAUUGAUGCAACCACAGGCCAAAUUGUGUCAUCAGGUCCAGAAUCCUCUGUGAGACUAGAUAUUAUUGUGCUUGAAGGUGAUUUUAGCAACGAGGAAGAUGAAAACUGGACCGAAGAAGAAUUUGAAGGCCAUGUAGUCAAAGAGCGUGAAGGAAAGAGGCCAUUACUGACUGGAGAUCUGCAAAUAACACUCAAAGAAGGCGUUGGAACGCUAGGGGAGUUGACAUUCACAGAUAAUUCCAGCUGGAUUAGGAGCAGGAAAUUCAGACUUGGGUUGAAGGUUGCCUCUGGCUCUUGUGAGGGUAUUCGUAUUCGUGAAGCGAAAACAGAAGCUUUCACAGUUAAGGAUCACCGUGGAGAAUUAUACAAGAAACACUAUCCACCAGCAUUAACUGAUGAAGUUUGGAGAUUAGAGAAAAUUGGAAAAGAUGGGUCCUUUCACAAGAGGUUGAACAAAGCUGGAAUCUUUUCAGUUGAAGAUUUUUUGCGGCUUGUGGUUAGAGAUUCACAGAGAUUGAGAAAUAUUCUCGGUAGUGGCAUGUCAAAUAAAAUGUGGGAUGUUCUUGUGGAACAUGCAAAGACUUGUGCUUUAAGUGGGAAACUUUAUGUGUACUAUUCUGAGGAUGAGAGAAAUGUUGGUGUUGCUUUCAACAAUAUCUAUGAGUUUAGUGGCCUAAUUGCCAAUGGACAAUAUUACACAGCAGAUUCUCUUUCUGAUAGUCAGAAGGUAUAUGUGGACACCUUGGUGAAGAAGGCAUAUGACAAUUGGAUGCAUGUUGUAGAGUACGACGGCAAGUCUUUUCUAACUUCUGAACCGGAGAAAAACUUGUGUAUAUCUCAAAGUGAAGUUCCCAUAAACUCUCAAGAUUAUACCCAUUCAUUUGACCAGCAGUACCUACCAGCGCUUCCAGUUCCUGUUCCAUCAGAGCAGCACACCAUGGAUUCAGGACUAACAGAUUUGGUUCUUGAUGGUGCCUGCUGUUUCUCUCCAGGGUACAACGAUGGUAUGGCUACCAGGUUCCCUAUUCAGCCGCAUAACCCAAGUCUGAAUGCCCAUGUUCAGUACAAUGGCUCUUCAUUCGCGUGUCAAAAUCAGUUACCAAGCACUUCAAAUGAAGCUCACCUACAAAGAAGCGAAAAUGUCCUUGCUGUUGGUCCCACGCAGUCAAUAACACCUGGCUUCCAGAACAAUAUUGCUUCAUCUUUUAGGGGAGUAGACGAUUUCUUCACAGAGGAAGAUAUUCGUAUGAGGAGCCAUGAGAUGCUUGAGAAUGAAGAUAUGCAGCAAUUGCUUCGAUUAUUCAACAUGGGAGGAGGUCAUGGCCAAAUUCCCAGUGUUACUGAAGAUGCGUUUCCAUAUCCAUCAGACUACAUGCCCAAUACAGAUUUAAACUACAACUUGGAUGACGAUCGAACCCGGUCUGGGAAAGCUGUUGUUGGCUGGCUUAAGCUCAAGGCAGCCUUGAGAUGGGGUAUAUUUAUCAGGAAGAGGGCUGCUGAGAAACGUGCCCAACUCGUUGAGUUGGAUGAUCCAUAAGUACGGUGCAUGGCACAAAGCUGAUCCAAUUUUGGUGUCAAAGCCUUCCUUUUGGACUAAAAAGUUUCUUUAAAGAAGUUAAGACAACAGUCUUGGCUUGAACUGUCGGGUUGCGCAAUCCUAUGUUUAUGCUCAGGCCAUUUCUUGGAUUGUAAAUCCUUGACAUGUAUGGGAUCUUCUUUCUGCAUUUACAGUCGCUGCCCUACGCUCCCCUGCUCUGCCUUGCCUGUACAGUUAGUAAGCUUAUAUCCUUUGACAACUGCUUAUAGUUAUGGUUUUAAUCUUAAAGGAUGAUGUUCAUCUCAACAUCGCUCUUGCAAGUCGUAGAACUGACAGACCUGAGCUGUUUCAACUGAAGAUGUUUGCUAACUCCUGACUCAGCAGGAUUUUCAGUACGGUGUCUUAGUUAGAAUUGUUCUUAGCUUAGAUUAUCAUUUGGAAAUAACAAAAGAAUCUAGUCAAGGUAUAAGUGUGACCUCUACAUAUGACUGUUUUGUUGUAAUCAUAAUUAUGUUCUUAAUUGUUAGCGUGGUAGUGAAGUCUUAGUUAACACGAAUUAACGUGUUGUAGUUAUAUUUGUGUAAUUGUGUUUGUAACACGAGAAUAAAAAGUGGUAGUGAUGAUAAUUUUGCUGCA